ACCAGUCAAGCACAAUGAGCACGAGAGUUUGGUGAUUUUUCAUUAUUGUUCAGCCUUAGUUUUCCACAACAUUAGUCUAAUAUUAUAAAUAUUAUUAUCGACAAUCCAAUUAAAACUGUAAAUGUUUCGUUUCAUAUAUUGUUGUGAUUAUUUUUUAUCGUCAAAUGAAUGUAAUGAGAGUCCUUGGGGAAAAAUAAAUUAAAAUAGCGAAAAAUAGUUCAACUGGGAAAUAAACAGAACAGUAGCAAACUACGCAAAACUCACAUUGAACAAACUAAAUCCAGGCUUACUCUAUUUCAUGCAAUUUCAUAUAAUGUGCAAUUCCCAACUUAUGUUGUUUCGCAUCGCUUGAAAUUGGUAUCAUUUGAGUGGAGAACGUUUUUGUGUUUAUUGUUAUUAUUAUUGUGGAUAUGCGAGUGCAAGUUAUUGAAGCAGCAACGAAAAUUAUCUAUUGUAAAAGUUGAAUCAAACAUGCUUUCAUCCGUCAACUUUGAUUCCAAUUUAAUACUUGGAUAUUUCAUAGAAAAUAUUUCUGGAAUAAACAGUGAACGAGAAAAUCAUAAAUUAAAAUUAAAAUUGUAAUUAGAGAUAGCAGUGAUAGUGAUAAUGAUUAAUGUUGCCAUUAAAAAGAGCCCUUAAUCAGAAAUCUCCUCGAAUAAAUUUAAUUAAUAGCUCUACUUGAUGCAUCAACUUAAAUUGAUUGUUACAAUGAAAAGUGUUCAUUAAAAGUGUACUAUAUACCUUAAAUAAAAGGUACAUUUGUAUAAUACCCAACAAACAUUAAGUAAACCGAACUGUGAUAAUUGGUCAUUGAAACAGUGGAUGGAAACUCGAAACACCUGUUGAUCUGAGGAAAAUGUGUAAUUUGAUAUUUGUUACGUCAUAUUAUUGAAAUGCAAGAAAUUAAAUCGUUUGGGUCACGUACACGAUAUAUUCCAAACGCAUAAAAGCUUGCUUCGGCAAGGCCAAUCGUGCUUAUGCUCGAUUCAAUGAUGAGAUCAAAUCAUAAUAACAAAUAUAAUGAACAAUUUUGACGAUGCAAAAAAAAAGAUAGAAAUAAAUGAUGCAGAGUACGACAUGAACAACAAAUCCAAUGUUGAAAGCAACGAUCAAAUCCAAACGCUGAGCAUGGAUGCUCUUGAGAGUUUAAUAAUACAUAAAAAAUGUGUAAUGAUGUGACAAAAAUGAUACGAGUACAAAAUAUCAUAUUUGUCUUGCUGCUGCUGCUCAUAUCGCCCCAGCCAUUGCUCUCGCUAUCUGUAUUGUGUAAUGGUUUGUGUGUUUGGCUUCUAUCCGAUUUUGUAAUGCCGUCCAACAUACUAGUCCAAUGAAGCGGAGAUGGAAUGCUGGACCGCGCAUAGAUAUGUACAUAAGUGGUACAUAGCCGUUCUACAAAAUAUACCAUUCGUACUUUAUGCUCUUUUUUUUUGCACAGAAUGUUGAGAGUCAAGAUUCGAUGGAUUCUAUGUGCGACACUCCAUAGAGCAACAAACAAUAUUGUAUGCAUUGUGUGCCGUUGAGUUUAACUGCAUGUACUUGAAUUGGUUUCGGUUUGUGCGCGUUUUCAUUUCGAACGAUACACAUACGUCUCUUUCAAUCCUCGGCUCGGUACAACGGUCGUGUGUUACGUUCAUUCAAUUGAUCGGAUUAAAAGCGAGAGUUUCCCUACGCGAGACAUUUAUGUUGCUGGUUUUGUUUUUUAUUUCGAUUAACUUCAAUUCGCAUUUGGUUCUCAAUUUUUUUUUUCUCGGUUCGAAACGUUACAAAAAUAUCGAGUAUGAAACAUUCGCUUGAAAUUUUUUAUACCGACUAUAGUUGCUAUUCGAAUUGGCCAUAAGCUAAAUAUGCUAUAUAUGUAAAAUAAUAAAUUGUAAUUGUAAACGAAUGUUUGUUGACGGUGGGUUGGUGUGUAUUAACCAAAAGCGGUAUAUUCGGUCAUGUUACAAUUUCCAAAAUCAAAUCAAUUCGAAAUGAAUUCAAAGUGAGACGGAAUUUACAUUCAUAAAACACAAUCGAGUGAGCAAAGUGAAAGAGCAACAAGACAUUAAGUGAAAGAGCCAUAGAUUGACUGUGUGUAACUAUAUUUAAAAUUAUGAACAAUAGCACAAGCGAAAAAAAAGAAAACAAACAAAUUAAGAUAGUAAAACGUAAGAGAAGUGCUUGAAUUUAGUCAGUGUACUUCUACAGUAACAUAGGAAAAGCAGUGUUCGGCAAAGUAUUGACAUCGUUCGAUUGGUAAUUUUUUUGAUGUUGGAAAACGACGGCAAAUGAAUUUAUCUCAAAAGCAAAGAAAUUUAUCAAAAAACAUCAUAAAUGCGUGAUUUUAAUUAAAUUCAAUUGAAAUAAGUCAAGUGUUGUAAAAGCCGAGAUUUAAUUUUCAUACAAAUAAAGAGCGAACUGUGAACGAAAGUAGAAAUAAUGUCGAUUUCAACAUCAAGUGAGUGUAAACAUUUACGACGAUCACAUUCAUUGCCGCAUAUCGCUCUUAGACAUGAUUCGGGUGUAUCAGGAAUCACAGCCACAACGAACACUGGGUCCGGUUCAUGCAGUUUAUUAGAUCAAAUCGAUUACGAUUCAGCAAUGUGCAACGAACAUCAGUAUAAUAUACCAGCGCGUCAUUUUAAUAAAGUUAAAUAUAACCAUAACUACCAUCAUCACAAUCAUCAUCAACAAUACGAAAAUUCAUAUGAUAUGAGAUUAUUUGCUGAUUUGCGACAGUUGUUGACCCUACGACAGUGGUAUUACACUGAAGGUGGAUGGGGAUGGAUUGUACUUACGAUAACCGUAAUUGUUCAAUGUAUAGCACAUGGUUUACACAUGUCAUCGGGAAUCAUAAUUUCAGCGUUUAUCAAUCGAUUUCGUGAAAGUCUUCUGAAUGCCGGAAUCGCUGGAUCGUUAUCGAUAGCAUCUAGUCUGAUACUAUCUCCUGUUAUAAUAACAUUGUGUCGAAGAAAAUCAACAAGAUUGUUGGCCAUUAUCGGGGGACUGAUUCUUUCGCUUGGUUGCUUAUUUACAUCGUUUGCUGUCCAAUUUCAUCAAGUGCUCUUCAGCUACGGCAUCAUCGUCGGUGUGGGUGUCGGAAUGACGCGAGACUGUUCAAUAAUAAUGAUUGGUCAAUACUUCAAAAAGAAGCGGGAAUUUGUUGAGGUUUUAACAGUGGCUGGAAGCGGUCUCGGAAUGGUUGUGAUGUCAACGUUUCUGGAAAAGUCCAUCGACGCAAUCGGUUGGAGAUAUGGUUUACAAUGCGUAACAUUGAGUGCGUUUUCGACAUUUUUCUUGGGUUUAUUUUAUCGAUCGGCUGCAUUGUAUCAUCCCCAACGUCGUGCAAUUCUCCAUUUGAAAACGCAAAAGCGUAAAGUAAAAGAAAAAAAUCGUCGAAAUAAUCGUACACCAUUUUUUGACUUUAAAACAUUACGCAGUCAAACUGUGCGAAUAAUUUUAUUAUCGUCGGCCCUAAGUGCAUUCGGCAUUUAUCUGCCAAUUUUUCAUUUGGCGGAGACAGUAAGAAGUGAUAAAUUGAUGGGCGCCGCAUUGCCGUUGCAAGUAAAUAUGGGAUUCGGUUUCAUUCUUGGAUCGAUUGUGUUCGGUGUUCUUGUCAUACGAAAUAAUGCCGAGUGUCGAAUUGGGCGACAGUAUUUGUGUCAAGUAUCAUUGUUCAUGUGCUCAAUUUGUUUGCUUGCACUCACCAAAAUACAAGCCAAUUAUGAAGGAUAUUUUAUUAUUGUCUGGACGUACGGUUUCUUUUGUGGCGGUUAUCACUAUUCAUUAAGAGUUUAUCUGUAUGAACGUGUUCGCGCAAGGAAUUUCUCGCAAGCAUGGAGUUUUCUGCAAUGCUCUCAAUCGAUACCAAUCGUUGUUGGCGUCAAUUUAGCGGAAUUUCUUAAUUGUCACGUAUCACAUAAAAGUGGUUAUUUAUUUGGAUUCUUUUUCUUACUCAGCGGCAGUCUGAUUCUUUUCUUGGUUGACGUUCACAAACGAAACAUUUCUCGUCACAGACACAUAAGGUCGAACGGAUCAAAAAAAAUAUGUAAAUUAAAGGAUUGCCCUGAACAUAGAAAACUGUCGUUUACACAAGAACCAGAUAACGAAGAACCAGUGCACAAUUUUAAUGUUGGAAAUUUGCUAUUACAUUCGGAUGCGUUGGGAAAUCAAAUUAGCGAAGAAUUUAUCAUUGAACCGAAUGCAAGCGGUAAUGUUAUGAUUUCAUUGGAUCCCGGUGCCGAUAAACCCGAACUGACGUGCAUCUCUGAAGAAGGUAUCGCUGACAUGGAUCUACCUGAUAAUGUGUUCGACGAUUUUGAUUACAUCGGAGAUUGUAUCACUUCGUGUAAUAAGGUUGAACAGUAUCUUAUGCUAAGUGAAUUUGAGAAUAACAUAAAUGCUGAUUUUUCAUCAAGUGUACAUAAAAGAGACAUGCAUGGCAUACAAGGUGAAACCACAAUGACAACACGCACCAAUGAGAUUAAAUAAAAUGCCAUUUCUAAAGUCAUGAUUAGAUGUAUUAGAUAUUUGUGUGUAAAAUUAAAACUAUUUUCAUAUAAAAACCACAUUGCAUUAUUAUUAUGAUAAAGUCAUCUCGAAAUUUGAAAACAUCAGCUGGGAUCUUUAAGAAGCGCCUAUAUUAGAUAUAAUUAUUUGGAAAAAUAUUGUUUAAAAAGGAAAAUAAAAUACUAGGGUUUAUAGUUGUUCAUGUUUUCGACCAUUGAGUUCGUGUGGGAAAUUAAUGACCUUCACCUGCUACAAUAUCAUGCUUUCGUGCAAUUUAUUUGUUACCAGGUUUUCUAGAAUCAUUUUAAAUUCAAUAAUGAACUACUCCAUUUUAACCGUUUAAAGUCAAAGCAAAACAAUUAAAUGAGAACGGAUAUACUUGCCAUGUCAAUUUCUCUAUGGUCACAUUUAUAUGGGGACAUUAAAAUUAAUCUAAACCACUUUUUUCGGUGUUUGAAUAGAAACAAUGAAAAAUCAUGCCAAUUAAAUGAAACAAAGUUAGCGGCUAA